CUGUAGAUACACCUACCUACGUCAAUGAUAUCUCGUAUCUAGGACUUUACUUUUUUUUUGGCCUCGGCUAGAUAUUAUAAUCUAUCUAGUAUCUAGUAUCUACCUUGUCUCAAUGAACCAACAAAUUAUUACUCCCCCCUUCUAUAUACGGUGGAUCUAGGUGUUGCUACUAAAAUACAUACUACCAUCAGAGUUCAACAUUCUUGCUUACAUGUACCUGGCUUAGGACAGCGAUGUAUACUACAAACCACAAGUUUGAAGAGACGCUUAUUUUAUCGAGCCGCUAAGAAAUGGCUCAGGAAGAAGCAGAUGUAGCAUCGGCUUACCGAGACUUCUACCGCGCAAAGUUUCAAGAGGACAUUUCAGCCGGCACCAAGAAGCCUUUCUUAGUCCCUUUAUACUUACUUGGCUAUUGGUUUAUACCCAUCGUCUAUCUUGCUAUACCACACAAGAACCGACCAUGGUUAUACCGAGCUCGGUGGCUUGUCCUCGCUUUUACCGUGGCCUUUAAUUUUCAUAUGAUACUUAACGUCUCAAGCCAUAAUUUCGCCUCCGCUUAUGGUGCUGGUCUUAUCGGUGCUUGGGGGAUUAUAUGGAAUUUUACUCUGUUGGUCUGGACAGAACCGCAGUGGGAAGCCAAGAGAGUGGAAAUUAGAAGGAAGAGAAGGCAACAAGAUGCAAAAAGAACUCAAAAUAAGGAGUUGAGAGUUUCUUCGCCUUCACCAUCGGAGAACGGCCAUACUACUCAGACAACUAAGAGCUCUAAGAGGGAAGCAGGUUCUGCAGAUUCAACUGGUAUAGAUCCAGACCGAUAUAAACCUAACGGUAACGGAUCGGCUCAUAGCCGUAAAGAAAGGGUAGAUGGCGCUGCCACCUCGAAAACACCUCCAGAACAAACAGAGUUAUCGGAGGAAUCGAAGAAGCUGCUCUUAGACGCGAUACCUUCGCUGCGGAAAUAUCAUAAUAACGACGAGAUAGUCGCCCAGCUCAAGAAACUAGAAGCAGAGCAAGAAUUCGAGUACUACUGGCAGGAAUACCCAGCCAACGACUCUCUCUGGACCCGACUGGACUGGACCUUCGACAUCGCCAGCUCGUUCCGCAUGACAGGCUGGAACUGGGCAAUCCCCUGCCUACCACCCUAUGACCUCCCCCCCACCAUCAACGGGUACCAGCUACCCCUGAGCACCGUCGGCCCUCAACGCAGCAAGCAAGGCUACACACGCCAACUUACCCUCAGAUCUUUCUUCCUCACGCGCUUCGUGCGGGACAUCAUCCCGAGUUAUCUCCUCGUCGACUUCUGCGCCGUGCACAUGACCGCCGACCCAUACUUCAUCCUCGGGCCCGAGCACAGCCAUCUCGCUCCCCUCCCGCCUCACCUGACCUCUCUCCCCCCCAUCGUCCUUUCCGCCCAGCGCACCGCCCUCUCCUUCCUAGGCGUAACAUCCGCGCUCAACCUCGUCUUCGCCUCCGGCGCCUUGUCCCUGGCCCUGCUGCCCCCCUGCCCGCAGAUCCUGCGCUUCCGCGCCCACCCCUGGCAUCUCCCCUCCGCCGCCGGCUCUUUCUCCCAGGUCCUGGACCGCGGGCUGGCCGGGUUUUGGGGCAGCUGGUGGCACCAGACGUUCCGGUUCGGGUUCUCGGCGCCGGCGCGCUGGCUCGAGGCGAACGGGUACGUGGAAUCUGGAUCGCCGGCGCAACGCGCUGCCGCGUUCGCCUUUGCGUUUCUGCAGUCGGCCUUCUUGCAUGCGUCGGGCAGUUAUAGCACCGUGCCCGCGCGGUCCAAGUGGUGGCUUCCGCCGCUGUUCUUCAUGUUCGCAGGCGUGGGGUCUACGUUGCAGACGUGGUUGGCAGGUCGCGCUGUUUUGGGGGCGCUGAUAUCUCGGUUGCCGCGGUGGGUAAGGAGGCUCGGGAAUCUAAUUUUUGUACUCGGGUGGAUGUGGUUGACGAGCUGGGCGCUGAUAGACGACUUCGGACGCUGUGGGUUGUGGCUCUUCGAGCCGGUGCCUGUCUCGAUCUUCAGAUGGUUAGGUUACUGUCCGACUCAAGACCGCCGCGUGUGGAGGUACGGGAGGGAUUUUUGGCCAAAGUGGUACUGGGGGAAGCAUUGGUGGGAUAGCGGGUUUGGAGUCUAAGCGUUAGAGUUUUGACUUGGAAUGGCACGGCGCGGCGCGAUGCAUAUACAUAGAAUGGUCUGGCUAUAGAUGAAUGAUUUAGGGGGUAAUAGGGUAUCUUGAUUAGAAUAUGU